AUGCUUAAGAGGGCGGAGCUAAGCAAGUCUCCACCCAAAGCAAACAGUGCAAACUUUCUCAAAAUUGUAGAUUCCGCUUUGGCUGCGACGACAGCUCCAAGUUUCAAAUCACUCUUAUUCGAUCGUUCUCGGUCGCUCAAGGAACUGCCGGCAGUUGAGACAUGUGUAAUGACUGACAGACGAAGAAUCAAUGGGCCGCCUGGCGGCACCCGGCCUCCAGUCUUUUCCUCUGCCACUGUGACUACGGCGGAGCGACCACAGCGACAAAGGCAGCCGAAUGAGCUGCGGAAGAUCUUCCUCAAAACCGGUCUGAUCCCUUCUGCCUCUGGAUCCUCAUACCUAGAAUUUGAACCCUCAGCAUCUCUUUCCGCUGCACGGGCAUCUCCCAAAUUCAUAACGCCUCCCUCUUCCUCCUUGAAGCUCGCAUGCACGGUCCACGGGCCUAAACCACUCCCCCGAUCCGCGACAUUCUCUCCCAACCUCGUCCUCACUACCCACGUCAAAUACGCCCCAUUCGCCGCUCGCAAGCGCAAAGGGCACAUCCGCGAUGCCAGCGAGCGUGAUCUGGGCGUACACCUCGAGACAGCGCUCCGUGGCGUGAUUGUCGCAGAGAGAUGGCCGAAGAGUGGACUUGAUAUCACCAUCACGAUCUUGGAAGCCGAGGACGAUCGGUGGUGGGGAGACGCACCGGACUCUCAUGAUGCGGCGUGGGGCAUGAUGAAUGUUCUGGCUGGAUGCAUCACGGCUGCUUCUGCGGCCAUCUCUGACGCCCGGAUCGACUGUCUUGACCUCGUUGCUGGAGGUGUAGCUGCUGUGGUUGCGGAUGAGACUCCCGAUGGAACUGCUGCUAGGUUGAUGCUGGAUACGGACCCGGCGGAGCAUCAGUCAAUACUGUCGGCUUGUGUGGUUGCUUAUAUGCCUGCGCGGGAUGAAAUUACCGAACUCUGGCUAAAGGGGGACAACUCGAAAGCCGCGGUUGGGACAACAGAUCAAAAUCUUAGCCACGAGGCUUUGAUAGAUGGCGCUGUAGAUGCCGCGCGCGGGGCACACUCGGUUCUUGCAGAGGCUGUUCGGGAAUCGGCAAUGCGGUUUGCUGGGCUGUCGAGUGGCACUGCAUAA